CCACACUCUCAAUUGAACCGUAUUAAUAAACAACAGUCAAGGCCGCUAUGCGUUUUGAAACCCCGUUCUGAAGCCGUGGACAGGGUGUGGGGAGGGGCCAGAUCUAAGUCAGCCUGAAGAGCUUGGUUGUGUCUGCAUAAAGGGAUAGACAGGCAAGGCAGAUCAUCAACAGUUUCACCCAGCAGCGUCCGGGGUGGAGCAACUCAGGUUACAUAUGCUUAGGAUUGGCUAAGAUGAGAGGUUUCUCAGCCAAUCAUCUCUAAGCAAGGCUAGUAGGGGGCGUGACAAUUGGCCCAGAACCAAUGUACGAGCAAGGGUGGAACCGUGGGGCGGGAGCAUCCUCGAGCCAAUCGGAAGUGCUGAAGAGUGGACCUGACAGUCGGAGGUCGGCACUGGAGCCAUGAAUAUCUUGCCCAAGAAGAGCUGGCACGUCCGGAACAAGGACAAUGUUGCCCGCGUGCGGCGCGACGAGGCCCAGGCCCGGGAGGAGGAGAAGGAGCGUGAGCGGAGGGUGCUGCUCGCUCAGCAAGAGGCCCGAACGGAAUUCCUACGGAAGAAAGCCAGGCAACGAAACUCACUGCCUGAGCUGGAGGCAGCAGACCCAGGAGCUCCAAGUUCUGGCCCUGUGGACCUGUUUAGGGAGCUGCUGGAAGAAGGGAAAGGAGUGCCCAGAGGCAAUAAAGAGCAUGAGGAAGAGAAGCGACAGGAAAAGGAGAGACAAGAGAAAGCUCUAGGCAUCCUGACAUAUUUGGGCCAGAGUGCAGCAGAGGCCCAAACUCAACCUCCUUGGUACCAGCUCCCCCCAGGGCAAAAGGGUUGCCCUCCAGGCCCAAGCCCAGAUGAGAAGAUCAAGAACCGAUUGGAUCCCUUGAGGGAGAUGCAGAAGCACUUGGCAAAGAAAAGGCACCACAGCAACGAAAGCCAUCCUUCCAGACAGGAUCAGCCUCAGAAACAACGCCCCAAAGAGCCACCUUCUCUAGAAAAGCUCCGUGCUGAGCGUCUUCAGCGGGAAGCAGCUGAGAGAGCACGAGCGGAGGCCCUGCUGGCCCGGGUACAAGGCCAGGUAUCCCAGCAAGGUCAGGUGGAAGCAGAAGAGACAGACGAACGGAGGCGGCGGUACAAUUCCCAGUUCAACCCCCAGCUGGCCCGGCGACCCCGACAACAGAACCCAACUUCUGCCCACUGAACUCUCUUGGGGGGAUAGGGGAGGCCGCAGCUGCCAGCCGUCAUAUAAAACUAUUUAUUCAUAAAUAUUUUCCAAAAUGAAAAUAGGUUUACCAAAAAAUGUCCCUCACUGGGGAGGGGAGGGGAUGAGGGGCAGCCCUUGCCCCCAGGGUAGGGCAGAGAGGAAGAGAAACCUCCCCAUCCCUUCCCUGCUUCCUGGGGGGGAGGGUGUCCCAUGGCCUUGGGCCUCCCCCAGUCUUCCAGGGCAGGGCCCUCACCUGGGCAGGGGGGAUCAGCAUGCGGGGGAGGGGGAGGGUAGAAGGGGCCGGUGUCACUGGAGGUCCCGGUCCUCCAGGUAGCGGUACUCAAAGGUGAAGCCUUCCUUCUUCCGCUGGCCCCACUUCUCGUAGUCAAAGUAGAUGUAGGUGCCCUGGCCGGGGAAGAAGGUGGUCAGUGAGUGGACGACGAGGGGGCUGAGAUCUGGGCCAGACAGAUGAGCAAGAGGCAGGUGUCAGGGGCAUGGUGGUACCAAGCCGAUUGUCCUAUCACACUCCGCCCUUGGUGGUAAGUGAAGAAGGGGGCCAAGCCUGGCCUUUGCCCCACAUGGGCUAUGCUUAAGUGACACUGAGGAGUAGGGACCAACAAGUGGCCUACAAUGCAACAUACACACCAUCUACAUCUAACUGCUCUGCAGAGACACACACUUCAUUGUAACGGAGAUGCUGGGGGACUCAAUGCCUGAGACAUUCAUGUCAAGGAUGAAACCAGGGCGGGAGAGGAGGGCUGAAGUCAAGGUUGGAGAGCAUACAUCAAGAAAGCAGCUAGGUCAAGUGUCUGAAACGCUUCAGAGUGGUCUGGAAGAAUGUAGGGACAGAACAGACUUCUGUGAGAACGGGGAUCGAUGAGGCCCAGCUUGGUACCUGGAAGUGUAGGUGGGGAAAAUGUGUAUGGGGAAAGCCACUGUGAAACGCACCAACUGAAAGCAAUAAAAAAAUUCGUGACGCUCACUGUA